GAUUGCCACUGGCAUUCGGUGGAUUGCAGCUUUGCAUGGGCGCGCAGUUUACGCAUGGGCAAAGGCCAGUUUCAUCGGGUUGUGCAGUCUCUUGUAGCUGCAAAUUCUAAUUCCCCAUUUCGGAAUUGAUGCGGAUUGCACUGAUCUGGCACCAUGCAACGAUCGCGGUUGGUGAACGAUGUGUUCCAUGGCAGCCAGUUUUCUCAACCGCCACAGUUCUGCGGUUCCUUUUUCCCUUCCACCCAGUCGUUUCCCACGUUCCAGGGAUCGCAGAUGAUGUUUCCUUCGUCCUUCCAACCGCAUUUUGCCAGUUCCCAGCCGUCCAGCACAACUACGAUGAGCGCGCCGGAAUGUAUCGGAAUGUACAAUCUCGUUCCAGCUACACUGCAGCAACCACCGGGCAGCGCUACGCAGGCGGCGUCCAGCAACACAGGCUACAACAAAACGCUGCCUCCCACCGGAAACUGUAACAAGGAUCCCGAAAACGAAAAGGCCAUCCAAACCCGAUCAGGGAGAACUGUCAAAAGAAAAAUUAUGAGCACCCCGGAAACGACUUCUGGAAAACAGACUACGGUUAAGCGUGGCAGAAAACCGCGUGAGCGAAAGCGAGGAGGCGAAAAAACGACCGGCGCUGUUGCGCAGAAGACAUGUGUGCCUGCGGUUAAAGCAUCCGGUGCUCCUGCGCAGCUGUUUUCUUUGCCUGCCCAGCGGAACAUUUCCGCAGCAUCGCUGCCUUUCGACGGUGGACUGGUGACUCAAAAUUCCCUCUAUGAGAUGCUGAAGAAGAUGCUCUCAACAAACCAAGAAAUUUUGUCUCGCUUACAUAAGAUAGAGUUCCAGUUGGCUGGCAGAAAGAUGUUUGUCGGCUGUGCAGAAAAUGUUCGUACCCAAAGAACACCAGCGGUUCGAGUGGAGAACGGAAGUACCGAAACCGAUAAGGAGAACGAUAACGGAGUGAGCCCAGAGGAAGAGACAGGCUGGUGGAGAAACGGCUCUAUCGAAGACGAUAGCGCGUAUUUGGAUCUUGACCUUUCGUCGAAAGAUUUGGCGGCCGAUUCUGAAGCCGAUGAUGUUGCGAAGGGCAAUCCUUGUACUCGCUCUUUGGACGACUUCUGAAUUGAGUUGGUGAUAGGCGGAUCAUUGUGAGCCAAUAUACUAACUUUGUGGGAAGUCAUGUAUGUGCACGUUCUCAGCGCUUUCCCGUUGUCCCUGGUGUCGCAUCCUUGCAAAGUUGUGAAUAGUUUGUGUUUAUUCUUACAGGGUUUUUUGUUUUAUUUGUUUCUUUGCUUAAUCAUAUACUCGUUUGUAUGACUUUGCUUUUAUUAGCGAAUUUUAGUUUUGUGCCAGACUGCUAGCUAGCUGUUAUGGUCAUGAUUGCAACCCAUUAAAAAGCGUG